GACAGACUGAGAGAGAGACAGAUACACGGACAGACAGACAGAGAGACAGAGAGAGAGACAGAGAGACAGAAAGACAGACAGACAGAGAGAGAGACAGAAAGACAGACAGACAGAGAGAACAAGAGAGAGACAGACAAAGAGAGAGACAGACAGACAGACAGACAGACAGACAGACAGAAGACUGAAAGAAGAAUAAGAAGAGUUAACGACACCAGCUGGUACUGAUACUGUAAUACUGCUUUUACUGUUAGUACAGAACUGAAGGUACUAAUGUUUCUCUGUCUGUCUCUCUGUCUGUCUCCUGUCUGUCUGUUUCUCUCUCUUUCUUUCUCCCUUUCUGUCUGUCUCUUUGUCAGUAUGUCUGUGCCCACAGUGUUGGUGGUCGUGGUCGCUGUGUGUGUUUUGUGUCGUUGUUUGAUUCCCUGGUUGGUUCAGUCUAACUCCACUCUGGCUCUGUUAUGGUACGAUGUCCUGCUGGAGAUGACGCUCGACUUCUUGACACGAACAACACGACCUCAGCGCCUCUUGCAGGCUGUCAGUAUAAAUGCAGUCAGAGGAGAUCCAGACAGCGUCAUCAAAGCCAUCGAUCACUUCUGUAAACACACAGAGUGGGCUAUGAACGUAGGAGACGAGAAAGGAGCCAUCUUGGAUUUGGUUGUCAUGGAAACCUGCCCUUCCACAGUGCUGGAGUUGGGGACGUACUGUGGUUACUCAACUGUCCGCAUCACCAGGUUGUUGCCCCCGGCAACAAAGCUAAUUACCGUAGAGAUGAACCCUGAGUAUGCUCAUGUGGCGCGACAGGUCAUCCAACAUGCAGGAUUGCAGGACAAGGUGUGUGUGCUGGAAGGUGAGUCAGCUGACCUGAUUCCCAAGAUGGCCAACAUGUUUGGAAUCCAGGCAUUUGACUUUGUUUUCCUGGACCACUGGAAGGAUCACUACCUGCCUGACAUCAGACUGCUGGAGGACUGCGGCCUGCUGGCUCAGGGCUCAGUGGUCCUGGCUGACAACGUGGUCUGCCCCGGAGCUCCAGACUACCUGAACUACGUCAGAUACAACCUGAAGUACAGCAGCAGGUUCUACCAGGCUCACCUGGAGUACACCAGAGUCCUCGACGGACUGGAGAGGUCUGAGUACCAGGGAGACUGAUCCGGACUGAACACCUGAAUCAUCACACCAGGACCAGGUUUACAGGGUCACGGUGUGUCUGUUUUAUGUUUUUGGCGGACAGGUCUAAAUACUACAAUACCCAUGAGCCUCAGCGACAGCUGCCCUGGAGAAGAGGUGUAAGUCAGAGUGGUAGAUAAUUCCAAACGCUUUACGUUGUUACUGAAACACAUUACCAUGCUAACUGAAUUCAAAGGGACACUGAAGCUGCAGGUUGUUCCUUUAGCUUCCACCUGCUGUGAUUGGGUGUUCAACUGCUGUUGUAAUGUCGUCAGCUUGUCAAUCAAUAGGUUUGGUGUUGUAGUUUUCUAACCAUGUUGUAAACAUUGUCCUCUAAAUGUGUAAAAUGUAUUUAAUGAACUCUUUUAUUAAUUCAUUAUGCACUUCCUGUUUCCUGUCCUGAUCUUUAUUAAAACAAACACACCUAUCACCUGCACGGUGGGAAGCCGG